AUGUCCUUUACUUCAAAAUUUACAGAGAGAUUUGAUAUUGAUCCAUCUCAAUCCAUGAUGUUAGAUCUAUCAACCACACCACACUCAGAUUCAUUAGCAUCUGUCUACUCUACACCUUCCCUGACGCUGUCAGACCCCGUCUUGACCGAUCAAUCAACUACGGCCACUAGUCGUCCCAUUGCGAUUCCCAAAAAGAACAACAUCAAGAAUAGAAGCAUGUCCACCUCGCCUCAACAAGAACAUUGCCCAAGUCCCAAAGAUCAUGCAGGCUCCAAAUUCAAGCAUUUCCUGAGCACCUUGUCCAGAAAACGGGAUAGAUCCUCUGUGUCAUCCUCCUCGUUAUCCAGAGCCAUCUCGACCAAAUAUUAG